GAACAUGUCUCAUUCGUGUUUCAACUUUCGAGCAGCGCGGUCUCUGUGUCAAGAUAUCGUAUAUUUCGAAUUUACCGGAGCGCGCCGAAAUUCCGAAAACAAGGAAUCCAAUUUUUACGCUCGGACCGGUAAACAACGUACCUUCACGUCGCUUUUUCUUGUGAAUUUCCGAAAUUUCCGUUGAUAUUUCCGUAUAAAAAAAUAUCCGUAUCGACAUAAACAUUCUGCGCGGUUCGUCGGUUGGUUGCUUUUCGCUGUGUAUGGCUUGAAAGUGAUUAUUGACUAAAUAAUAAAUAAACUGUGCGCGAUUGAUAACUCAAAAUGAUAAUAAAUAAGAGUCAAAUAGAAUCGUAGAGCAAUUGCAUUUGGCUUGGCCAAUAUUGAGAGACGGUGGAGAGCGGCGGGAUAAACCAACGGUUAUUAUUUCCCCCCCUUACACUCGAUCCGUGCAACGGUUAAUCCCACGACGAAAGAAGAGAGAAACAACGGGGAACGGAACGUGAAGAGGAGGAACUGAUCAAAACAAAGCGUAUGCAGCAGUAAUUCGGCAAUUGGUAGAAUCUCCCACACACCACAGAAGAAACCCGCAGAACCAAAAAUGUUCGAGAUAGAGGACUAUUCGAGCGGCAUACACGAUGGUUUCUUCAACAAAUACGCGGAUGCGGCUGGCCCUUCGCUGGACUUUUACGUGUCCGACUCGAUGCAGGACAUGCUGGACGUGGACAUCCGGGCGGAGAUAGCCAGCACAUUGGCUACCUCUAGCGACCUGACCUCGCUGGACCACGCCCUGGAGACGAUUUCGGCCAUCAACAACAACACGAGCAGCGGCAGCAACCUGCCGGUGGCAUACAACGCCAACGCCAAUUUCCUGGCCAGCAGCACGCUGCACGCCUCGCCGACGGCCAAGUGGAUGGGCUCCUCGGCCAACUUCUGGUCGAACACCGACUACUACGCCGAUCUGGGGGCCUGCGUGAACCCCAUUUCGGUGAUGCCGCUGAUCAACUCCGCUGCCUGCUCGGCCUCCUCCAUGCUGGGGUCGCCGCGCAGGGGCAAGGCAGCCACUUCCACACAGUCGCGGGCCGUGCCGGCAUCGCCAUGCGGGGACCGGGACCAGCACAAGUCACAUCUGACCUUCUCGCCGGCCCAGAUGAAGGUCAGCGCUGGAUCGCUGCGCCGGGAGCAAGUGAGCGCACACAUACCCAAACAGAUUUCGGUGGUAACCGGCACCGGGAGCACGGCACCGGCCACCAUGGCCACCAACUCGGUGCUGCAGCGCCGAAACUCCUCGGCAGUGGAUGCAGUGCGCAAGGAUCUGGGCACGGAGCUGCGCAGGGCCCAGUCGCAGUCCAGUCCGUCUGAGGAGGGCGGCAACAAGACCUCAAAGACCUCCUCCAACCAGCUCACCGCCGGAGGCGUCUCCACCAACACGAUCAAGCUGGCGCCCGGCAUCGGGGGCCUAACCUUCGCCAACAGCGCCGCCUACCAGAAGCUGAAGCACCAGUCGUCGGCCAAGUCCCCCAACGGUUCGUCCCCGAGUUCGGGCAACGGCAUGGUCCUGAAGCGGGAGGAGGCCUCCAAGCGCGGCCUGCUGCAGCAGGGGAGCACCACACCAAAGAGCAUCGCCUCGGCGGCCCAUUCGCCGCACCACCAGAUGCAGAGCAUGGGCUCGCCAUCGUCCGGCUCGUCGCUGGCCUCCUCCUCGCCGCUCAGCAAUGGCAGCAACCUGGUCAACAUCGCCAACAACAGCAGCGGCAGUGCUGGUCUCGUCAAGCCGCUGCAGCAGAAGGUCAAGCUGCCUGUCGUGGGCAGCGCCUUCCCCAAGCCGGCCUACUCAUACUCCUGCCUCAUCGCGCUGGCCCUGAAGAACUCGCGGGCCGGCUCGCUGCCCGUCUCGGAGAUCUACAGUUUCCUGUGCCAGCACUUUCCGUACUUCGAGAAUGCGCCGAGUGGCUGGAAGAACAGCGUGCGGCACAAUCUGUCGCUGAACAAGUGCUUCGAGAAGAUCGAGCGCCCGGCCACGAAUGGCAAUCAGCGCAAGGGCUGCCGCUGGGCCAUGAACCCGGAGCGCAUCACCAAGAUGGACGAGGAAGUGCAGAAGUGGUCGCGCAAGGAUCCACAGGCCAUACGCUGCGCCAUGGUCUAUCCGGAGCACCUGGAGUCGUUGGAGCGCGGCGAAAUGAAGCACGGAUCGGCCGACUCCGAUGUGGAGCUCGAUUCGACGUCGGAGAUCGAAGAGUCCUCCGAUCUGGAGGAGCAGGACUUCGACGACACCCUUGUGGAUGCGAUGCUCGUUGAGGAGGACGAAGAUGUCGUGGACGAGGAUGAGGACGACGAUAUGCUGGGCGAAUUCGAGGCCGAGGAAGAGCUACUCGCCAGCCACUCCGCUGCCAGCCAGUCGAGCCAUCACCUGCCCCUUCACCACGUCCUGCUCGGCCAGAAGAGCAACGACUUUGACAUUGAGGUGAGUUUGGAAAGGCACCUGGUCGAGAAGUCUUCGUUGCUAUACGAGAAGGUCGACGAACAACUGUACGAUGCCAUCGACAUCGAGGACGAUAAGGAGGCAGUGCGCCGCGCCAUAGCCAGUGGCCAAGGCACACACAUCAUCGAGCUGAAUCCGGCCGAUCUGAAUGCGAACCACAACGGCUACCACCACCAGCAGCAGCAGCAGGCGAAGCGUGCGCGUCUGGACAUCAACUAUGCCAUCGGUCCCGCCGGCGAGCUGGAGCAGCAGUAUGGCCAGAAGGUGAAGGUGCAGCAGCUGGUGCAGACACAGGCGCAGCCACAGCCGACCACAUACAAUCGCCGCAAGAUGCCGCUGGUCAACCGCAUCAUUUAAAGGGGCAAAGCCCAAGCCGCCCCGCUCUCUUCGAUUUGCACAAACCACAUACCAUGCAGCACCACAGUAGUAGCCAUGGAUGUGGCACGCACACCCACACACACGCGCAUAAUUAAACAGCAUACACUUAGUGCUAGGCCCACGCUACAUAGUAUAGGAAAGAAGCCCCCUUGCUACGCUUAAACGUAUCCCUAAGAACAUUUUCGGUAAUCAUUUGUCAGUUGUACCCGUGCCCAAUACCCAUCUAAACUGAUUGAAAAUCAGAAUUUAUACAUUUUAUUACUUUGGAGAUCUCAUUUCUCUCCAGUUAAGCUUACUUUGAAUCUUUUUGUAGUCCUUAUUAAUCUGUGGUCGAUUUUCGAAUAAAUCUAUGCCAAUAAUUGUAAAGGAUUGCUCGAAAGUUUUGCCCCAAUCGCAACUCUGUCUUGAGUCUUGACGCUUGAGCAGUACAAAGAAACUCUCAACCAAGUGAAAGUCUCAGUAGUUAGUCCUGACCCUGAACCUCUGACGAUGCAUAAAGCUAUUUGUAAUGUUAAUUUUUUUCCAAUUUUGAAUAAUUUGAUCUCCCUUGACCUGACCCCCGUUGACCACAAACACCCUGACAAACGUGAAGAUUUCAUACUCCAUUAAACUUAACGAAACUUGACGCAGUUAUUAUAUAGAAUAUAGAUUAUUGACAAUGUGCAACACAACAACACACAAAAACAAAAACAACAACGAUUUUUGGACAACGAAAUGGGAACACUAUGUUCGCUUUUCCACCUUUUGUUAAUCUUUUGUACCCGAAAUGUGACAACUUGCAGCAUUUGCAAGCAUUUUUCAGCCGAUUCCGAAUCCGAAUUCCAACUUUAAGUUAGGUAAUGUUGUAAAAAAAAAAAAAACAAAACACACCACAAACACACACACAUAAACAACUUGCCGGUCCAGUAUUCGCAUGCGGAUUUUUUAUAGAACUUUUGUAUGUAUUUGUACUAUAUAUGAAACGAGAAUAGAAUCUACAUUAUUGCUGGAAAGAACAGUCAAUUAUUUUUACGAAUAUACAUAGUAGGAUUGUAGUGGAUUGUAAAUAGUUUUCACACAAUUUAAGAAUUUAAGAAUAGGCUUAAGAUGAAAAAAUAAACUAUUGUAUACUAUAUGUAGCUAAUCGUAAGUGAAACAACCCGUAUUCCAAAUGAAACGACACAGGAUCCGAAAACCAAUAAGACUUGAAGCGAACAUGAUCAAGCCUCUCAGAUUUAAAA